CAUACAUGGUCCCUUCUAAUUAGUGUUCGGUACAUAUUCUAUCCGCCAUUGCUCAACUGUAAUCAUACAGCGGGGGGUUUGUAGCCAGACCAGUUUCCACCUUUCAUAUCGCAACUGACUUCACAAUCAAAGAGAUUAUGGCUGAUCAACUCACUGAAGAGCAAAUAGCAGAAUUCAAAGAGGCUUUCUCCCUUUUUGACAAGGAUGGUGAUGGCACCAUAACAACCAAGGAGUUGGGUACUGUGAUGAGAUCACUUGGUCAGAACCCUACUGAGGCUGAGCUUCAAGACAUGAUCAAUGAAGUGGAUGCUGAUGGUAAGCUGCUUAGUCAAUCUGGAAGAUGUAACGGAACAAUCGACUCUCCUGAAUUCCUGGCGAUGAUGGCAAAGAAGAUGAAGGAUACAGACAGCGAAGAAGAUAUCAGAGAAGCUUUCAGAGUCUUCGACAAGGAUGGCAACGGUUAUAUCAGUGCUGCCGAGCUACGUCACGUGAUGACAAACAUUGGUGAAAAUUUGACGAUCGAAGAGGUCGAUGAAAUGAUCAGGGAAGCCGACGUUGAUGGUGACGGCCAGGUCGAUUAUGAAGAAUUCGUCACUAUGAUGACCUUCAAGUGAAAGUCUUGGUGAUGAUGAGGGUGAUAAAGAUGAUGAUGAACGUUACGGAUUCUAAUUUCAACUUAAAAGUUCACAAUUUUCUUCUUCCUGCUGGACUCCAUUGGAAUAGGAUGUUGUGGCUACCAUUUUAUAUUACUACUAUUAAAACAAUCACCUUGGUAUAUCAAUGUACAUGUAUAUUCAAAUAAUGUCUACAGUCAUAAUUAUUGAAGAAUUGUUAAUAGCAACUUAAAACCUCGUCGAUUCAAUUGGCUUUUUGUCAAGAGGACGCUUUUGAUUUUUAUCCGUUCUGUUUCUCUUUAGAGCUUCGUAAACCAGAAUAUUUUUUUGUGCAAUUUGUACAACAUUCAUGACUUUGAUGUUUAAUGUUUACGUUUAUUGUGUUUUAUAUUAGGCUACCCAUUAAUGUGUUGUUGUUGUUGUUUUAGUCU